AUGAGGCAAGCUGGUACAUAUUCAGGGAUUCUGUGUGGAGGGAUAUCUGGGAAAACUGGACCGCACUCGCUGCCGUUGGCUCGGAUAAAGAAGAUCAUGAAGAAAUCAAGUGAUGAUGUGAAGAUGAUAUCUGGGGAGGCUCCAAUUGUGUUCUCCAAGGCUUGUGAGCUGUUCAUAGAGGAGCUUACAAAGAGGUCUUGGAUGAUGACUGUGCAAGGCAAGAGGAGGACAAUUCACAAAGAAGAUGUUGUCUCUGCUGUCGUAGCCACUGAUGUCUUUGACUUUCUUGUCAACUUGGUUUCUGAUGAUCAUGAUCCUUCCACAAAUUUAGCUGAUGAUCAUCAGGACACUUCCUCAAAAAUUCUCUCUCAUGUAAAGUGAAUUAAGGUGAGGGUUAAUGGAUAUAUAUAUAUAUAUAUAUAGAACCUCUCCAUAUCUCAUUGAUAUGUAUUAUAAGUCCUGCCCUUAUAUAGAGAGAGAGAGAGACUUACCCCAAAUGUUUUACAAUAAUUCAUAUAUAAGCAUAAUAAGCUGGAAGCAUUUGAUUUUUUUUUUUUUUUUUUGGAAUUAGGGUUAAUUGACUAUUUUCUUGUUACACCUUGAUGCACCAGUAAACUUACUGUCACAAGCAUAUAUUUGGUCUGGUGCAGUCAUCCAUAUGCGCGCGCGUAUAUAUAUAUGCUUUGGCUAGCGAUUUGAUUGAAUAGAAUUAAUAGAAGUGCUUGCCAAGGUGUAU